AUGGAGGUUAUGGAGCGCGCUUUGGCCCCGGUCGUCCCCUCCAUUCCCAGACAGCCGCCGCCACCGCCGCCAACGGCAGCGGAUAGGUUCUCGGCUGAAGGCGGGGUUAUCGCUGGCAUCGUCCUGGGCUUCGUGGCCUCCUUACUUGUACUCACUGUGCUCUACAGCCUCUACAAGGGGCGCCGCGACAGCCGCGCUCGCGCUCGGGCUGGAGCUGCGGCCUGGGCCGCCGCCGCCGUGGCACCACUGGAUCCUCGCAUUGGCGACGACGACAAUGAGAGGACGUCUCGCCGGGCAAGUGCCUCCAGCCCGACGGCCCGUCAACCGGCGUUCGCGUACGGCCCUCCGGUGAAGGCCACCGAGGCGGGCGGUGGGGAGGAGGCGGCGACCUGCUCGGUGUGCCUUGGCGCGUUGCAGGUCGGCGAGACGGUACGGCUGCUGCCGGCGUGCCUGCACCUGUUCCACGUGGAGUGCAUCGAUCCUUGGCUGGACGCGCACUCGACGUGCCCGAUCUGCCGCUCCGACACUGAGCCGAGCAUAGACGUUGCGCGGCUACCUCCUGUUUAG